AUGCCUCGCUUGGCCUUGGUAUUUGCGAGUUGGGCAGCCAGCCAUUGGGACUGCACUGCAAUUGCUUUUGUGGUUAUUAUUUACAUUUUCUGCAUCCAUGCUGCUGCUGCUGUUGCAGCGAGAAGCUUGCUGGGACGCGGACAUCCUCACGUCGACUCAGCACUUCGGUGUGCCGGUGCACUCUCGCAACGAGCGAAAUCUGUUGCAAUGGCGACUCCGUCCCAGUCGUCGUCGGCCUCGUUGCAAUUCGCCGACAGCGACGCCGGCGGCGGCGGCGGCGGAGGCGGCGGCGGUCGUGGGAGGGGAGGAAGCAGCGGUGGAGCGAGCUUCGCGACGGGGGGAAAGUCGGUGGUUUGGAACGAAGAGAGUGCUUACACCGCCGGCGGUGGUAACGGCGGUGACGACUACGGUGACGAUGGUGUUGAGUACGGUGCGGAGGCGGGCCCUCCGCCGCCGGUGAAUCGAACGCAAAGCGAGACGACUCGUCAGGCGACCCAUAGCGAUUCCGACUCGAACCCACCUGAAGUGCGACGCACGAGAAGCGAUUUGAUUAGAGUCGGCGCCGGCAAAGGAAUACAGAAAAGUGCUCGCGGCCGGCCGGGUCCGGACAGUAGAGACGGACCAGCAGGUGGUGCUGACGGUCGCGGUAGUGUUGACGGCUACGGAGGCUGGUCGCAGCAGGUCCCGUAUCAGGGCUCGACGCAGUAUGAGGAACCUUCGUACAAUAACGAGCAAUACGGAGGGGGAGAGAUGAAUGGGUACCAUGACGAGUGUUCUUACAGUGAAGUCGGUUCGCAAUGGUCGGGAAUGGAGCAAGAGGACUCGCUUCCGACCGUCCAGAAGACAAAGCCUAAAGCAAAGGCGAAACGCGCCAUUGCCGCGCGGAAAGCCCGCCAGAGCGAGUUCGGGCCCCCCACCGCCCCUGCUGCGCACACCCGCUGCGGCUCCCCCCCGCCCCUGGACCCCGCGGGGACCUCCUGCGGGAGUGAUAUCGGCGUUAAUGUGGGGCGGGGGACGGUUGGCGGAGCGGGCGGAAUGGGCGGAAUAGGCGGAGGGGGGAGAGGGGGAAGCGGAAUGGGCGUGCAAGAGGCGGAUUGCGGGAGGGUGUUUCCUUUAAGCUCGUCCAGUGAAGACGAUCGGGCGCAACAGGAGAUGAGAGAAGGCAGCAUGACUGCGGAUGGAGGAGGGUGGGGAGAAGGGGGAGGAGGGGGAGUAGGCGGGGGAGGGGGAGGGGUAGCGGAAGGAGGGGCAGGGGCGCUCUUCAAGGAGAGAAACCAAGGGCUGGGGGGACCUGGGGGGCCCGGGGGGGCUGGUGGGGGGGCUGUUGGGGGACCUGGGGGACCAGGGGGACCAGGGGGGGCACUGGCGCAGCAGCAACAGCAGCCGGUGCCUAGGGGUGUGCGGCGCGUGCAGUCGAGCAGAGAUGCGGCAGGGUCUCGUGUGGUUGCUGUCCCUAUGACCCCCAGCGGUGCCUCUCAGAUCGGUGGGCAGGCUAGUAGUAGCUUUGGGCAGUUUGGGUUCAGUGGUGCUCCAGGCAGUGAGAGCGGAGGAGGCGGAGGAGCAGGGGGAGGAGGGGGCGGAGUAGGGGUAGGGGGAGGAGGGGGAGGGGUAGGAGGAGGGGGAGGAGGAGGAGCAGCAGGAGCUGGGGUGUUUCGACGCAUGGGAUCAGCAAGAAUGGCAGGUGGUGGUGGUGGUGGUGCUUCUGCUUCUGCUUCUGUGGGCGGACCUGUGGCUGCUGGGACGCCGCUAGCAGGAGUGGGAAGCUCCUCCUUCCGCCGCAGACCCGCAGGAGAAGCUUCGGGUCCUGCUGCUGCUGGCGAUGCAGAAGAGGCGAGGCCGCCAAUGCGGAGGAGCUCGACAGGGGGGGAGCAGUACCGGCGGAAGAUCUGGGUGAACGGGCAGGCCGUUCCGGACCAACGCGUCGUGCAGGCGGAACAGAGGAUUGGUCCUAUCGACCCGGGGAAAUACUGGUACGACUCUAGAGCAGGCUUUUGGGGAGUUAUGGGUGGGCCAUCUCUUGGUGUUUUGCCGGCAUUCAUGCACGAAUUUGGUAACCACCCAAUGGAGAAGGACUGUUCUGGAGCCGGCGGCAAGACUCGGGUGUAUGUGAACGGGCGGGAGGUGCCUAAGAAGGAGUUGACUGCGUUGACCAAGAAGGGCCUGCUGCACCUGCCGGGGGCGAAUUACACUCUUGAGGCGGAUGGCACGGUGGUGGAUAACGUGUCGGGCAAGGCCAUGCGCUCCAUUGGGAACCUGGUUGACGAAAAGAAGCGUGGAACGGGCAUGUUCAACAAGGCAGGCAACGUGCCGAAUCCAGUUUUUUCUUGGCUGACAGCAUCAGCGGGCAAGAACAAGGACAAAGGGAACCUGGCAGGCGAAACAGCGCUGCGGCUCGUCUCCGAAGCGUACUGCCCGCCGCCGGAUUCCCCCAUGAACGAAUUCCUGUGCUUGAGCCACGUGGCAGGCGAUCCGCUGGUGGGGCAGGCAGUGAGCGGCCCGCCGCCAAAGCUCACAGUGCUGCUAGUGGGCGACGAUUCAACUGCCAAGCGCUCCUUUCUCGAGUGCUGGAAGGACACUCUCACGGGCGAAGGCGCUGCUUCCGCCGUGCCUGGUGUUACCCGUGCUCUCGACCACGUGCCUGCUGCGCGUGACCUCCUAUCCGUGCACGUGUGCAUCUCCAAGGACCGCUACCUGCCCUGCAUUGACUUCGUUGACCUGCCUCUACCGAGUCUACCCCAAUCCGCUGCGUCGCCCAUCCCCCCACUCUCAUCCGCCCCUGCGGGUGCUGCUCCCGCCCCACCAGCUGCUGCCAAUGCUGCUGCUUUAUCGGAAGCUACUGCUGCGCUUGGUGCCACUGCUGAUGUGAUCAUAGUGUUCAUGAGUGUUGCGGCGGUUCGAGCUCCCUCCUCGCGCCUCGCCAACCAACUCGCCCUCCUCCUCUCUCCAUCCAACACCCAGCAGCAGCAGCAACUGGCUGACAACACCCCUCGUCUUGACCGAUUGCAUUUUGUGGCCGUCCUACCUCAGAGCAAGGCAAGCGCAGCGGCAGCGGGCACAGCAGCAACGGUGGUGGAUUACCUCCGAUCCAACGUCAAGGUUGGCUCGUUAACGGUCACUUCCCAAACAGCAGCAGCGGUCGCGUCCUCUGUCAAUCUGCCCCCGUCCCUUGCUCCCGCGGCUGAUAUGCGCAUUCAAGUGGCAGCUGUAGGCCUGCUGGUUCUCGCCUACCUUGUUUUGCACAGCUAUGCUACUAUACUGGACAGAGCGCCACCAUCCGCUGCUGCAUCAGACAGGAGCAAGCUACGGGUCUUCAAGGCCUUCUGUGACAUGGCUCUCACCUUCUGUGGCGCCCGGCGCCUCUGA